AUGCGUGAGUGGUCAGUUAAGGUACCGGAUCCACGCGGGUCCAAGGCGUCCACACCCACCCGCGAGGGCCUGGCGGAGGCUUGGCCUAAGCCCUGCAGCCUUGGGCCAAGAAACCCGGUGGUUGGUCAGCGAGAUCCGGGCUCUGAGCGGCCGCCGCCAUUAGGCGGCAGAGAUGAGGGUGAGGUUUGCUGCGGCUUCCAGUGGGUGGCCGUGGUGAGAGCUCUGAGGCCCCGCAAGACCGAGCCCAAGCUGAGUGAGUGCGCCCCCAGUUCACCUACCCACCGGGGUCCCGGCCCAGGGGCCCCUGGUUCCCCCGCCCGCCGGAGGCCAGAGGGAGCGGCUGCGGAGUGGGGCUGCCCCGCUUGGGAGGAGCUUCUGAUGGUGUUGGCCACACUCAGGGGUCAGUUGUUUCCCUCUGAGGCUUUGCUGCCGGUGCCUCGGGUGCUGCUGGUGUCUCAGGUGUCACGGGUGUUGCCGGAGCUGCCGGCGCCUCGGGUGCUGCUGGUGUCUCAGGUGGCACGGGUGUUGCCGGAGCUGCCGGCGCCUCGGGUGCUGCUGGUGUCUCAGGUGGCACCGGUGUUGCUGGAGCUGCCGGUGUCUCAGACAGUACGUAGUGUGGGGCACAUCGUAUUGCCCUAUGAGCACUCUAUGCCAGAGCUGCCAGAAAUCUUGUCCCUGGAAGGGGAAGGACCUGGUUACCAUGACUGCAGGAUGACACCAAGGCUCCACACGUCCACAGGGUUCUUGUGUGAAAGGAGACAUAUGCAGCUGUUAGACCAUGAAAACAUAGUGAAAGUCCUCGAUGUUAUUGACACGGAAGACUCUACCAUCACGGUGAUGGAAUACGUGAGCGGGGGAGACAUGCAAGCCUACCUGGAUGACCAGGGCCACAUGACGGAGCAGGAGGCCCAACGCCUUUUACGGCAGCUCCUAUCAGCCCUGAACCACUGCCACGAGCGGGGCAUCGUGCACUGGGACCUGAAACCAAGCAACUUGUUCCUUGAUGUGGACCACAAUGUGAAGACUGCAGACUUCAGUCUCAACUAUGAUUACUGCCCUGGAGAGAAGUUAGAGCUCCUUUACCCCAUGUUCGGCAACAUCUAUGGGUCAAGAUGGAUGAGAAGAAGCCACUCCAGCCAGUCAGAAGAUGGCUUGGAGGUGACAGUCCAGAACACCAGCAGCACCCGUGACACUCUCGGGAAGAACAGCACCCAAAACACCAAAAGCACCCGUGACACGCACGGUACCCGAGACAACAGUGGCACCCAAGACACUCGUGGCAAGAGCAGCACCCAAGACACCAGGAGCACUUGUGACACUCGUGGCAAGAGCAGCACCCGAGACACCAGCAGCACCCGGGACGAGAGCAGCACCCAAGACACUUGUGGAAAGACCAGCACCCAAGAUACCAGCGGCACUCAUGAUACCCAUGGCAAGAGCCUAGGACUACUCCUUGAGUGA